UAAAAGGCAUGUGAUGGAACACUUAAGACCUAAAACAUCACUGUCAAUCUUGAGUCUGGAUGUUUAGCUUAGGAAGAAAAAAAAAAAAAAUGAACACUAAGCCUGAUGUGAUUCAAAAGUGUUUGUGGCCUGCAUGCCUUGUAGGUCUGUUCAUCCCUGGCGCCCUCUCUCUGCACUGUAACUUGCUGCAUCUUCACCUGAGGGAAGUCACCUGGCAAAAUCUGAGACUUCUGAACAGCAUGAGCAAUUCAUUUCCUGUAGAGUGCCUAAGAGAAAGCAGAGCUUUUGAGUUGCCCCAAGACAUCCAAUCACACACCCCACCUGGGAAAAGGUACCUCAAGGAGGCCUUCUAUGAAAUGUCCACACAGGCCUUCAACAUCUUCAGAGAGUCCACCACCAAAUCCACUUGGAAAAAGAAAAACCUGAAACAAAUCCAAAUCAGACUUGAUUGGCAGAUGCACCACUUGGAAAAAUGCUUCGAGGAAGAGGAGAAAGGGAAGGAAGACUCGAAACAGAGGGAAGAGGAUGGGAUGGACUUCUCAGGAGCUAUGGUCUCCCAGGUGAGCAGCCUAGAACUGAGGAGAUAUUUCUAUAGGAUGUACAACUUCCUGAAAGAUAAGAAAUACAGUCCCUGUGCCUGGGAGAUCAUCCGAGUGGAACUCAGAAGAUGUUUCUACUACUUCUAUAAAUUAACACUACUACUCAGGAAGAAAUAAGGUAUAUUCUUAGAAUUAAAAUUCCAUUUCUCUCCAACAGCUCCUUCUCUUUCAUCUUCUUUUUAAGAAUUAUUGGGCUAUUCUCCAUUGGAGUGGCGGUGAUUUAUGCAAGGUUUAGAGUCUCUAAAGUUGGCCUUGAGACAUCAGCUACCUUUCCAAGAGAGGUGAUGCCAACCAUCCCCUGGGUACCCUGAAUCUUGUUAGAAAGUUCCGAAGUCAGUUCUAAAGGAAUGAGAUUCUCUUCAUGUUCUUCUACUGUUUUCUUCCCCAUUCCUUGUGCCAUUUUGUACUCACUUUGCUCUACUACCUU